AUGUCGCAGCGAAUCCCUGGCCCUGCUUAUUCUUCCAGUGCACCACCACCACCACCGAUUCAUACCUACCAACAACACCAGCGUCCUCCUCCGCCUCUACCGCCCCCGACUCAACAUCACCACUCGUCCCAUCCUCCCCUGCCUCCUCCGCCGUCAGCUCCACAUCCUCACCACCAACAUCCACCUCCGCCGCCACCUUCCCACUCGCUAUCUUCGCAUCAACACCAUGGCCAACCACCCCAUCACCAGCCUCAACUCCCACCAUAUGCCCCAGCUCCAUAUCAACAGCCUCAGCCGAGUCAAUACCCUCGGCCCCAUCCGCACCAGCAACACGUCCCUCCUCCUUCGCAACAUGAUGAUCAUCCUCCCCCGCCUUCCUCGCGCCCAUCGCCCACCGACCAUCAGAAAGAUUCCGAACACGUUCCCCCAUCCUACUCCAAGAUUGAAGAAGGAUCAGGCUGGAAGUACAGUCUCGAUGUGAAGCAACAACCCGUGCGUGCGCGCAUGUGUGGAUUUGGCGAUAAGGAUCGUCGCCCAAUCACGCCGCCGCCAUGUGUUCGUCUUGUCAUAAUCAAUACCGAGACGGGUAAAGAGGUUGACUACAAUACCCUAGACCACGCCAUGUUUGUGUUAUCGGUCGAUCUGUGGAAUCAUGACGGUACCAAAGAAGUCAACCUGGUGCGGUCCUCAACUGGGACUGGCGCUAUGGCAUCCUCAAGUACCUACACUUAUUCGUCCUUAGAACCAGGAACCCCUUCGUACCAGCAACAAUCUCUGCCCCCGAGCCGCGAGUCUGGAUAUGGGCAAUCGCAAGGGAUGAACUAUGGUCAGGAUUAUCCCCCACCGGUGCAGCAGAGCUAUGGUCAAGCACCGUCGUACCCGCCGAGCAGUUCCUACGGUCCGCCCCAACAAUAUUACCCGCGACAUAGCGGUUACAGUGCCGAACCUUCGGCUCCUCCGCCAGGUGCACCUUUCCGUAAUGGAUAUGGACAGGAUCAAAAUGCGCUUACUCGGAUGGCAGUAGUGGGAGGUCAACCCCAAGGGAUGUUUACGAGAAACUUGAUUGGCAGUUUGGCCGCAAGCGCAUUCCGCCUCGAGGACACUGAAGGACAAUCAGGUAUCUGGUUUGUCCUCCAAGACCUCAGCGUCCGUACAGAAGGAACCUUUCGAUUAAGGUUCUCCUUCGUCAACGUUGGGCGCCCCGGAGGGCAGGGAGCCAACGUAAACCAAGGCCGAGCGCCAAUCCUGUCGUCUUGCUACAGCGAGAGUUUCCACGUGUACUCGGCCAAGAAGUUCCCCGGCGUGUGUGAAAGUACACCAUUGAGCAAGAAAUUUGCAAACCAAGGCAUCAAGAUCCCGAUCCGUAAGGACGCCAACAUCAAGGGCGAAGGUGAUGAAGAGAUGUACGAUCAGAACUGA